AUGAUCUUUCAGUAUCUUCGCGACGAAGAAAGCCCACAACACAUCAGCAGGCUGGCACAGACUUGCAAUUUUUUUCAUCAAGAACUUAGUCAUGUUAUAUACAGGCCUGUGCGACUAAGGCGGGUGGAGAAUGCUCGCCAUUUCGCCAAUACCAUCCCCGGUCGCCCAGACUUGGCAGCACUUGUCAAGGAAGUUGACGAGUACACGCCACAAGCUGCACUACAGAAAGUGCUUACCGAUAUUUACUACCGGACCGACGGCUCACGCAUGACAAAGCCAUGUUUUGAAGAUCUGGGGGAUCUUAUGGUGGAAAUGCGCGAUCAAGGGUUCCCUCUGGGUGAUGAGUCGGAUCCCUUCGGCAUUGGGGUUCAUCCGAUGGGAGGCAAACUUUCGCUCCAAUGUUGGGCGGAAGAUCUGGUCCAGUACACAUAUUUUAGCCAAGAGCACCUCAAAGACUUAAUCCCCGCAUUACGAACAUGUCAUAUUGGAACUGAUUCGGAUCUUGACCCUAAGUGCACGGACAGGUAUCGGCCUUCUAUCGAGUUUAAUGAGACGAUUUUCACAUUGACCCAUUUGAGAAAACUCUGCAUCACAGGUGUUACGUUUCGAGGGUCCGGAUUGCACGCAGCAUCAAUUGACAAUCGUGCCGCGGGGCUAAGAGAGUUGCUACUUCUCAACUAUCGGGUCUCCGCUGAAGAUCUCGCGCUCAUCGUUUGA